AUGACUCGCUCAUAUGAGGCUGCAAUUGCAGCUCUCAAUUCCUUACAAACGAAUUUUGCGAUCGUGGAGGAGCUUAAGAAAUCGACCUCGCGGGAGGAUCUUAAUAAGCGCUCUCUCCCAGAGACGGUUGAAUGGCUUCGUCGUAUUGGAUAUAAGCCCUCCGAUCUAGACCGAUUGAACCUUGUCCACGUUGCAGGCACUAAAGGCAAAGGCUCAACCUCCGCAUUCAUUUCAACCAUUCUCUCUCAGUACACCAAGGCAGAGCCGGGUCAAUCCUCACCGCGCCUCCACAAAGUCGGACUCUAUACCUCCCCCCACCUCCGGUUCGCCCGCGAGCGCAUCAAGAUUGAUAAUGCCCCGCUUUCGGAGGAGCAAUUCGCUCGUUACUUCUUCGAAGUGUGGGACCGUCUGGAUGAUGCAGCCAAGGCUGCUGGCGAGGAUCCUGCUUCGCUGAGCACGAAGCCGCAAUACUUCCGUUAUCUUACGCUGAUGGCAUUCCACACAUAUUUGAGCGAGGGUGUCGAUGCGGCGGUAAUUGAGUGCGGUAUCGGAGGAGAGUACGAUUGUACCAAUGUGAUUGAGCAGCCCAAGGUCGCUGCUAUCACUAGUCUGGGAAUUGAUCACACUGCCAUGCUGGGUACUACGAUUGACAAAAUUGCAUGGCACAAGGGUGGUAUUAUCAAGUCCGGAGCUAAGGCCUUCACGGCGCCUCAACCUUCAAGUGCGGAGCAAGUGUUGGCCGAGCGUGCCGCUGCCAAGGGCACUCAGUUGAAUGUGGUGUCUGAACAUCCUGAACUCCGUGCUGGAGCCAGUCAAGUAAAGCUGGGACUGGCAGGUGACUUCCAGUAUACCAAUGCCUCCGUUGCAGUUGCAUCGGCUGCCGAGUUCUUGAGGAAGACUGGCGUGGCGGACAUUUCCGAGAACGUCAUGUCUGAGCCUCUCCCUGCCAAAUUUAAGACUGGGCUGGAGGAGACUCGCUUGGGUGGCCGCUGUGAGACUCGUUUUGAGAAGAAUGUGGCUUGGUAUAUCGAUGGAGGGCACACGCUUGAGAGCAUCCGCCUGGCUGGCCAGUGGUUUGCCUCGCGGAUCCAAGCCGAUUCGUCUAGCGACAUUGCUUCCAAGAAGCCGCGAAUCUUGAUUUUCAACCAGCAGACCCGGGACAGCACAGCUCUGGCUCGUGCCCUCCACGAGACUCUUUCUGCUGCAUUGGAAUCCGGCACGCCGUUCACACAUGCUCUGUUCUGCACAAACAUCACAUACAAGCAGGCUGGCUUCCGUCCUGACUUGGUGAGUAUGAACACGAAUGCCGACGACCUUGAGUUGCUCCGCAUCCAGAAGUCUCUUGCAGCUGCCUGGAAUGAAAUUGAUCCCAACGCCCAGACUCGAGUGUUCGGAACCAUCGAAGAGGCUGUUGACUUUGCACGGGAGGUGGCUGCCGAGGAACGCAAGGUCAUUCAGAAGGACGAGGCACCCGUCAUGACCUUUGUCACUGGCAGUAUCCAUUUGGUGGGUGGCUUCCUCGAUGUGAUCGAGACAAAGCCAUACACGGAAGAUGCUUGA